UACAUGAACAAAACAACACCACUCGUACCCCCAGCUCCCUCCCACCCCUUUCUAUAUGUCGUGUGCUUGAAUGCAAAAGGAGUCAUAAUAACUUUGCACAAGACAUUUAACUGCUGGUCAUAACGCAGUCUAUGGACAGACAAUGGGUCUUUGGACACUUCUUCUGCAGUUACACCUGGUGUUUGCUGUUUCUCUCACACCACCUUCUGAUGUUUCCAUCUCGUCCUUCAACAUGGAGCAUACACUCAACUUCCUGCCAGGUCCUGGGACCCCCUCUGACACACACUUCACUGUCCAAAUCGUCAACGACAGGUAUUCAAUCAAGAGACAGGAAGAACAUGUGGAGACCAGUGGUGGGUUGUUUGGAGCUGACAGCUGGACAGAUGUGCAACCUAACCAGAGUGUUCACUGACCCAUACACUCACUACAAAGCCAGAGUCCAAGCCUUCACAACCACCCAGACAUCCAGCUGGACCGAAUCAGGCUGGUUCCAGCCUAUUUCAGACACUGUGCUGGGACCUCCUGAUGUGUCUGUGUCUGGCUGUGGGAACUGUUUGAUCCUGCAGCUCAAACCUCCUGCAACAAAGGGCCUCCAGUGUAACCUGCAGCUGGAGAACCUAUACAGAGGAGUGAUCCUACAUGUGCGAAGGACCAGGGAUGGGGCACAGUUCAGACUGAAUCUGCCGUUCAGUGAAGAGAAAGUGAUAAUGUACCUGCAGCCAGGUGUAGAGUACUGUGUGAGCAUCUCUGUGACAGCACUCCUCAAAUCCAACCAUGUCGCCAGUAAACCUUACUGUGCAUUCACCAGCCAUCCUCCAUCGAGUAGCUCAUUGUAUUUGGUUAUUGGCCUGCUGGUUUUUUUUUGUAUACUGGGCUUCCUCAUCACUGGAUUGGUUGUUAAUGGUGGUCAGAGGAGCUUCACAAUACUAAGACAACACCUAUUCACAUCUCUGUCCUACACAAAUACAUCAUGAAGAGCCCUGAGGAGCAGCUGUGAGAGGGAGAGGACGCCUAUGAACUGGCAAUAUCCCUAAAGAUCAGAGGAGCUAGAUUGGGGCAGCUGGUUUUAAAGCUGGCCGAAGCUCUGAGAGAAAAAGCUCUUGUUAAGUAUCAAAGUUAAAAGCUUUCGCAAAUUGAUAUAAUACUUUCUUUAUGUUAGUAUUUUAAUUUUUUUCUGACUCCAAUGUAAUAAAGUGAAUGAAGUACCAGAUGAGCAAAGUGGUACUUUUUCAUUAUUUCUUCACAUGGUUACUGGUUUUAUUAACAAGCUGUUGGACUAUACGAUGAGAAUAUGCCAUUUGAUGAUAUAAAUAUUUCAUAUGCCUCUUUUAGGUUUUCAUUAAACAAUUUUCAUUAAAAUGAAGCAUGUUGACAAAU